AAUAAACUGAUUCAAGGAACAACGUACACGCGUACACUACCGUUCAUAAGUUGCGGUAAGAAUUACACUUAUUCAAAAAGUUCAUUCCAAAUACUCAUGAACGAUAAUGUAUUACUAUGCCAGCAGUUAACGUACUAACAUUUAAUAUCUUUGUUAAAACUUGAAGAAACUCAGCUUGACCGUGAUCACGUUCCAGGAAACGAGCCUGAACCUUUUUUAGAAUCGAAUAUAUUCACCGUGUGAAGCGACAGAACACGCAAGGAAGAAAUAUAUCGUAAAAAGUAAUUUAAAAGCAAAGCUCCAUAAAUGUUUCUCACAGAGAGAAUAAAGGAAUACGAUCCAAAGUGUUUGAGAAAGGAAGAGAAAGAAACUACCAAACACCGAAUUUCAUUGGUCGCAUAUUAAUCAACAGUAGGCGUAUAAUAUUAUAACGAAGCUAAGAAGCAUGUAGCUAAAAGAGUAGACGAGUCACGAUCGUUGUUACUUUUGUUUUUCGCAUGUAGACGCGUAAGUGAGGCCAAUUAGCAACGCACCAUCAGGCAGAGCAACUUCCGGUUCUUCGGCCGAACGAAGUAUACAUUCGGAGGCUACUGCAAUAAUCAUGGGUCGAAUUGUAUCGCGUGUACAAUCGUCGAAUGAAUUAUCAGGAAUGAAUAGAGGAGAUGGAAGUAGAAGAGAGAUAAAAAUCAGAGCAGCCAGGGGGUCAACAAACUUGGGUAACGUUUUUUAGGAUCACCAUUUGUGUCCAUCCAACCGUGACAUUUAGAAAAUUGGGUAAAGAGAUAGGGCGAGCAAAAUCUGUGUUGGGGAAACAGAAGAGGAACAGUGGAGGAAAGUGCUGCGAAGCACGAUAUUCAAUUAUGAAAAGUCUACAAUAUACUAUUGCAGAACUCCCAAAAAAGGCCAAGGAGUACCUGAAGUCAUUGGCGUAAUAAAGCUAGAAGACCUCUCCUACUUCAGAGCAACGAUCCUUAUAUACUUAAGUUAAUCCCUGAAAGCAAAUGAACAUCCUCCGUCAACAUCGUACGGCCCUGAAGUCGCACUUGGAGAUAGGAAAUGAGAAGGCAAGAGUAGGGAGACGGCGAUUACGUGUACCUCGCGUGGAGAUCAGCAUCUCGCAGAGUUUUAGCUCUUCUUGAGGGAGCUCAGUAUGAAUCGGGACAGCUAAGCGUCCACCAUGAUCAGAUUCGUCACACUCUUGUUUCUUUGUGGCGUGAUCACCUGCAACAACGACACUCUCAGCACUGUAACCUCAGGCGACGAGCAGGUGGAGGAUUUAGGGACGGAGGAAAAGAAUUGGUCCGCGAAGAAUAAGACCCUGAACGAGCUGUUCAAGGAUGCUGUUCAAGCUUAUCUCGAAGAAAACUGGGUCCGCUGCAUCGAUGACUUCAACGCGGUCAUGCAAGGGUACAAGGUUUACAGGCGUAUGAUAGUGAAUUGUAGAGAGAAAUGUAGAGCUAAGGCUGCUGGGACGGCUCCUAUUUUCCCAGAAAAUAUCGACGAUCUCCACUUUUAUGAGAAAAAGGUGAGGGAAACCUUGUGUCUUCUAACGUGUAAUCAAGAGUACCGGGAGAUCGCCGGCGCGAAGGCGCUGAAGAUGUUACCCCGUGACACGGAACAAAAAUUAAUUGAUCAUCAUGUAUACGAGUACCUGCACAUUUGUUAUUAUCAGAAAAAUCGUUAUCAAGAUGCAGCCAACGCGCUCUUCACGUUCCUGGUAAGGCAUCCAGAACACGAAGCGAGCAUUGAAACGUUGAAGCGGUAUUUGACACUGCCAGGGGUACAGUCGGAAGACGUGGUAAACCUAGAAUCAUCACCUUAUGUCAGCAUCUAUUUCAAAGGAGUUUCAGCUUACGAAAACGAAUACUACGCAGAAGCGGUGGGUCUUUUUGAGACGUCGUUGAAGUCGUAUAUAGAAUCCGAGGAGGAAUGUAGAUUUUAUUGCGAGGGUUCGUUUGACCAAGGCUGGCAUCCAGAGUUUACGUCCUCCAUCGCUAAUCAUUUCGCCUACUGCUUGAAAUGCAAACGUGUUUGUUCCCAAGUAUUAAAUAGCAUCAAUGGCAAUUACCACAGGGACAUGCUGAAGAGUCACUACAACUAUUUACAGUUCUCGUAUUACAAACUGGGAAACUUGAAGGCAGCGUGCACCGCGGUUGAAAGUUACUUGCUGUUCGACCCGGCCGACGAAACGAUGCUGCAAAAUAAAGAAUAUUAUAAGUCUCAGCCAAAAGUGAAGGAUGAAUAUUUUACUUCUAGACAGGAAGCUAUAGUCUACUUGAAGAGACAAGAAUACGAAUUGAGCCUCUUGCGUUACAUAUCCGAUGAAUUUUCAGCUAUCGACGCGAAAUUCUCCAAGAUGAAGAAGAAGAAACAGCAGAAGAAAGAAAAGAACGAAAAUAAAGAGAAGGAAUUGGGAAAGAAAUUGAUCUCUGAAGCGUCGUUAUAUCCACCUCCAGGUCAUUCGUCGCUUACCCAGGCGAAAUUAUCGAGCAAUCUUUCCAAGAUACAAGAGGAAAGGCACGAGAUAAGCGAUACAAAGGAACUUAGGGUGAAGAACGUUGCAUAUAUAAUAGCAAAGGAGGAAGAACUUGGUGGAAAAAAUCGUUAUGUUGCUGAUGGUUUUCUUAACUCCACCGAGUGUAAAUCUCUAAUAAAAUUUGCUUCGAUGACUGCUGUGGAAGGAGACGGAUACAGCGAGAACAAGAGUCCACAUUCAAAAUAUGAGCGGUUCGAGGGUAUAACUAUUGGAAGAACUGCCUUGAUGGUAUACUUUGGACAAAUUGAACCAGAAUGGUUGGAAAUAUUUCUCGAGACAAGCGAACAAGCACGUGACCAUGUGGAAAGGUAUUUUGGACUAGAUCGACAACUGUAUUUCACCUACACUCAUUUGGUCUGCCGUACGGCUCUACCUGAUUCGCCAAUGGAUAGAAAUGACUUGAGUCACAAAGUUCACGGGGAUAACUGUCUUCUGAUAGAGAAAAAUACUUGUGUCCAGGAGAGCCCAGCCUAUGUCUGGAGAGAUCACUCAGCGAUUUUGUACUUGAACGAUGACUUUCAGGGUGGCGAGUUCUUCUUCGCGACAGAUCAAAUCAGUCGAGACGCAGACAAUAUUGUUUCACCUCGUUGCGGACGUAUGGUGGCUUUCUCCGCUGGUGGAGAGAAUCUUCAUGGUGUACGCGGUGUUCUUCGAGGCAAGAGAUGUGCUUUGGCUUUAUGGUUCACUCAGGAUGAGAACUAUAUCGAAUACGAGAGGGUCUUGGCUCGUGCUAUCUUGGAAAGAGUUAGAUCCAUUGGGCCUUUUAAAGAAAAGAACGUUCAAGUGCCUUUGAAGUACGAAGAUAUACUCGUUCAAUGUGUCAACAAUGACGAGUUGUUGAGACACUUUCUAAAGAGUUCUCCAUAAAGGGAGUGAAUAGUAUUUUACUAAAAGUUCCAGAGUAAUAUAUUUUAUCAGUCGAUGACUGGAUCAUUAUCAAUUCUGAGGGACCUGAAGAAGUAGAUUCAAGAUUCCUGUACUUAGUACAAUAUUCUUUUCAUAUCGUUUCUAUAAAACUGUACGAAACGUGUCAACAUAUUCUAUUAGCUUGACGUAAAAUACAAAACAGGAUGUCAAGUAGUCGCGGCAACUAACGGUUUAUUUAUAUAAAAUAUCCUAAUCUUUAUUAGAACAUAGACAUUACAUGUCAACAGGUUUACAUAACCAUUCUAUGUAUCAUGUAACACGUGUAAUCGUAUUUAAUUUAUUUCUUGUUUGUUCGUAUUUAUACUAUGUAUAAGAGUUACAUACGCAAUUGCAUUGCAAUCCUUGCAGUUUCACGUAUUUUAACGGCGUGAAAUCUCAAGCCCUGUACACACGAUUGCCUUUUUAUUAUAUAUCGCGUUGAAUUUUGCUCGAAAUGACACACAAAAAAUAAUGCUUCGUGCGUUGUAUGUUUUUAUGUUCUAAUGUGUGUUAUGUGUGUCUGUCUGUCUGUUUUUUUUUUUUUCCAAGUAAUACGAUUAUCGUCGUUAUUGCAAUUAUAUGUAAAAAGCGGAUCGCUGUAAAAUCUAAAUUGUCCACGUAUGUAAUUGUACGCAUAGGAAUCGAAAACACGCACGCAUGAUCGAUGUUAUACGAAUAAAAACACGGUGGUUGAGCCACUUUGAACGCCGUGAUCAUCGUAGGAUCAGUCGGGAAGAGAGUGAACGCGAUCAUUAACAUUAUUAUUAUUAUUAUGUUUCGUUACAAACGUUUAUUACGAAAAUUAUAGUGACAUCUGCGUAUCACAGGAGAGCUCAGUCAAUUAUUAUUAUUUUCUUCUGCAGGAACCACUCCAUAAUAAUAGUUCGUGUGCUCUUUCUUUCUUUCUUGUGUUAAUUUCUUUUUAAAUCGUUACCUCGCGCAUCUUAAUCAAAGAUUAAUCAAUGUUGUAAAUGAAUGAACAAAGAUCGAUAAUAUCGAGAUGGAGUGGUCACCAAAAAUUUCAUUGCAUUACUAAAGAUGGUUUUUGUAUUGCUCUUCGUAGACCUUCGCUUUGUUUUCUCGUACGAAUGUACAAAGAUCAUAAUAAAAUGAAAUAAUAUAAAAUACAUAAAACGUACGCGUUACCUUAAAAUUGUAAAAAUAUUAUGAUACGAUCGAUAGAAAAAAAAAAAAAGAAAAUUUUUGUCUUGUAUUGUCGUCCGGUAACGAAAAGAAAAAAUAAUGAUUUAGACUCCGAGAAUACAGCAGUUUGCACUUUCUUUCUACGAAUUUCUCCUCGUAUAGCUUACAAAGCAUAAUGCACUUUUAGAGCCAGGUAACAAAUACCUGGCAACAAGUACCGCAAAUAUUCGUGUAUAGAUAAAUAUGACAAAGGACAAACAAAAUAAAUUUCUGAGUAUACUGAUCUUUCUUUAAACUCGUUAAAUUAAAAUAAAAAUCUAAACAAGUGAUUCAUAAGUCACAUUAUAAUUACUUAAACGAUGCUUUCAUAAGAUUAAUAAAAAAGAAAAUAAACAGAUUAUUUGUAUCAAACCAUGCACGAAUAUGUACGGUGCAUUUGUCAACUUGUUGUCGAUAUUUAUACUCCAUCCAACGAGACGAGACGAGACGAGACGAGAUAAUAAAUGCAUAGAAAUUCAUGUGCUCUAAGCAGGCCCAGCUCACAGUACACUACAAACCUCGAACGAAACGUUUGAAGAACUGGAAACAACUGAGCUGAAUUUUUAAACAUAUCCUGACUCGUCCCGUUGGACGGAUUAUAAAUAUGCACAAAAGGAAGCAUCGUGUGUGCUGGACUACAUGUAUAAUAUAUAAUAUAUAAUAUAUAUAUAUUCGAGUUCAUUUAUCAGACUUAUUCUUACAGUUAUUACUUCGUUUUUUUUUUUAUAUACACAUAUACAUAUACACA